AACCAUUCAUCCCGCAGGCCGGGAUCAAACACAUUGGAUGGCUGACCAGGAAUGCACCCACUAAAGCUGCAAUAUCCAUCACAAUCGAGUUCACCAAGGCCGAGGACGCCAACGAGAUCAUAGACGAGGGCAUCGUCUGGCAGGGCGAAGUCUUCCAGUGCGAACGAUACGAGAAACAGUGCUGACUGACGCAGUGCUACAGGUGCCAAAAAUACGGCCACAUGGGAACACAGUGCAAGGCAGCAACAUCAUGUGGCUAUUGUGCGCAAGAACACGACACUAGGAAUUGCCCAUCGAAAUCGGGACAGGACACGACGAAGAAAUGCGCGCUCUGCCGAGGAGAGCACGAAGCGCGGAAUCGCCAGUGCCCGGCGAGAAAGGCCGAAGCCGCUAAGAUGAAGAGUAGUCCAUUGGCAACAGAUAUAGAGUUUGUAGAGUUGCAGCCGAAUGCGUUCUGCUACAAAGAAGACGAAGUUCAUGAAAGGAAACAGGCGCGAGAUAAACUGUCUAUGCUGCUAACUCCGUGGAAAUAGCCUAGCUCGAAAUGGACCGAAACGUAACACAAAACCAACGGGAGCUACGCAAAGCGUAAUGGGAGCUGCGCAAAUCGCGGCUGCCACUGAGCUAGAUUCAAUCAACCAAUCCUGCGGCUCCUUCAUUAUAGGUAUAGCAUAG